AUGCUCCAGGACCUCAGGGACUUCACCGAAGAGCCUUUUUCUAUGCCUCCAAGCCCUGCAAACCCUGUGCACCUCGCGGCCCAGACUCCCUCUGUCCAGGCUCCCUCUCGUCGUACUACUGCUCCACACACACCUGGAUACUAUGACGGAGGGUACCCUCCAUAUCAGAAUCAGAUAUACCCGCUAUCCAAUGGGGGUGGUCCCGGUCAGAUUCAGUCCCAUAAAUGGACCCAAGAAGAUCAAGAUCAGUACGACGAGAGGGUACGCAAGAAAGCACUGAAUGAAUUAGUCGAAUCAUGGAUGGACCGGCUGCAGCUUAUCAGUCUCAUAACAACAUUCUUCGCUGGCAUGGAGUCUCAACUCAUCGGAUCCACCGUCCCCGACAAUCCAGGCAGCGAUCCGAGGAUAAAUCAAGCUGCCAACGCCGCACUCGUCGGUGCGCUCGUCAUUCACACAUCCGCGGCGAUCAUAUCCUUCCUCGCCGCAUUCUUCCUCAUCCGCUUCAAACUCUCUGUAGCGAAGCGGGAGGAGCGGCGCGCGGAGGGCUUGAAUUCAACCACCACCUCAUCCGUCCAGUCCAACAACUGGUACCUGGAGCAAACCGGGCCCCUCCGCCGCGGCGCGGCCCCGACGCACCUCCUCGACUUCUGCCAUUCUCUUUGCAUGUGGCUGUCAGCGAUCGGCUUCAUCCUUGCGCUCGCGGGGAUCGUAUGCUUCGCAUGGUCUCGUCUGUCAACGAACGCCGCGGUGUUUGCCUCGGUGUGCACCGCGGGGUGCGUCGUCUCCGGGGUGGUUGCGAUGCUGUGGCCGGCCUCUGGGCCGCACCUGAAACCAAAAGCGUCUUAG